AUGAUAGCGAGCAAAAAUCCGGAUGCGACUCUUAGACGAACGGCAUACUUUUUUGACGUAGUAUGGGAAGGUAAACAACAACAAGAAGAAGGUGUGAACAAGUUGCAAGGAGAGAAAAAUAUGCCAAGGAAUCAAAGACGAGUUGACAUGGAGAGAGAUGACGAGGAGGCACCGAACUCCUUACAAGAUACGCACAGUCUAGACUCCUCCUCCUCUGAUGGUGCGGUGCUGAGAUCCAGGACGUCGGUCAGGCAAGAACUACAACAGUUCAUCCGAUCAACGAGAUGCCAGGUGUUGGUGGUGGCACUAGUGGUAGUGGACAUGACUUUAGUUAUCACAGAGUUGCUCUUCGACCUGGAAAUGCAAGGUGCACCCUCCCCCGUCCCGUUUGUGAUGCACACACUCUCCAUAAGCCUGCUUGCACUCUUCCUCGUUGAAAUUGGCUUGAAGAUAUAUGCUUAUCGCUUUGACUUCUUCACGCGGAAAGGUGACAUAUUCGAUGCCAUUGUUGUCAUUGUUGCCAUCUGCCUUGAUGCUGUAUACCUUCACUCCCAUGAUGCCCACUCUGGGGUAGGCCUCAUCAUUGUGUUGAGACUGUGGAGAGUUGUGCCCAUACAGAAAGCCAUGGUAGUUCAGGUCCGAAAAGUGGGAGAGAAGAAACUCUUGCAUGAACAACAAAAUCGGUACCUGGCUGAACAAGAGGCUGAGAGAUAUCGCACGUACAGUUACUCGCAAGACAUGUACAUCAAAGCACUUGAGGAGCUUUUGAGAAGAAAUGGUAUCUCGUAUCAGGAGGAGUGCAAGAAUUUGCCGGAUAUUAACAGGAUCAGUGUGGUUGCAGAGGUGAAUACAAAGGAGUGAAGAAGUAAAAUGAAGGGGGAAAGCAUGGUAUGUAGAAAGCAUACGGAUUUGAGGCUAAAUGGGUUUAUUUCAGGAAUGAGGCAUUUCAUGUGAUCAUUUGAUUCUUAUAACUGCAUUUAUCAUUUAAAGAAACAUUAGUCAAAAGCAUUAUUAACCAUGUAAUGACAGCAUUUAUACAGAUUUUAGUAUUCAUUUGAUAUGUCUAAUAAUAUGUCUUUAAGACUACUAAGAAUUAUAAAGUAAAUUAAUUUAUAUGACCAUUUGUGAUCUCAAUCAAAGUACUGAAUUUGUCAAAGACUAAAAUCAGUCUUAAAUAAGAUAUACUUAAAAGCAGUAAUUUUCUUAAUUAAAUUGGAAUUUUUUCACAAUGUUUGUAGAUAAUAGCAGCAAAGAGAUGUUUUUAUCCUGAAACUGAUGCGGUCAUAUUGAAAUAUUUUAUGAGGCUAGAAAUUAAAAAGACACUUUAUGUAAGAAGUAGCACCAUAUCAAAGAUCUACUUUCUUUGGGAGCUAGAAUUCAACAUGACAUUUAAAGUGCAUUGUCAUGUUGCAAAUUGGUGAAAGAAAAAGUUUGUUUACGAAGAUUGCUGGUACAUGUACUACCUCAAAGAGGGUUUCAGUCACAUUCAUAUGAUGGCAUUUUAAACCAGUUAUUUCUUCUUGGUUUUUGCUAUAGUUACCCCAGAUAGGAACAGACAUAGAUAAAGGUAUAGAUAAGAUUGAGUAUCUUUUCAGAGUGCAAGAAGUAUAUUUGACUUACUUCAGUUUAACAAUUAUCAGAAUUACAUUUAUUAAUGACAGGGUUUUCAAUCAGAAGGCAUCAAAUCUUUACCCUUUUCACUAUUAACAUCUGACACAUUUUGUUCUAAUAAUGAAGUCAUUUAUACCCCUUUUGUCACAAUACUUUACCAUAGGGCUGUGUGACCUUUGAUGUCCUGUACAUUUAUUUGUUUUAACCAUUAACCAUUAGACACAUCUUUUGCACUGUGAAGAUAUUGAUUCUCAUUUUUAUCUUCAUAUACAUUAUUAUCAGCUUAUUUGAUUUCCAGAUGAGUUUUAUAUUACACAACCAGUGUGCCAUUAAACCAGUUGUCGGUCACUAUGAGUGAGAAUUUGCAUCUUCAAAAAACUGUGCUUGAAGGAAAUUUAUUCCAUAAUGUUUAUGCUUUGAACAGUAAUGCCUCAGCAGAAGCAUUAGUUAUUAUAAAUGAUAUUCAUUUAAUGUAAGAGUCUUUAUAGCCUUUGCAGGAUUCCAAAUCAGGAUUCCUGGAGGUACAUAUAUUUGUACACAUACUUGUAUACAUAAAUACACACACACACACUCACACACACAUGUGUACACUUCCUUAGACUGAUAUAUAUACAUAGGCAUACAUAAUAUAGUUGGUCCUAAUGCGCGUGAUUAUGUUAGAUAUAUCCUUUUUUUGUAAAAGAUUUCACGAGAAGAUGGUGAUUGGUUCCGAACCCCUGACUCAGUUCCCUGUUGUAGCCCUAGUAUGUUAGACAUUAUUUGAAACAACAAGGAUGUAAAUUAAUCCAAUGCUGACUGGAAAUGUAGUGUUCAUUGGAAUGUUGUUUUGUGGAAUGUUUCUAUACAUAACUGGCUUUAGAAAUGCUUAGCCAGGUGUAGUUUUUGAGAUUUUUUUUUUUUUUUUUUUUUUUAAUAAUGCUAUUAAUAUCAACGUAAUUAUUAUUAUUGUUAUUAUUAUAGAUUUUAUGAUUAUUAUAAUGUUGACAUUAUUCAUUGCAAUAUUUGAUCAAAAUUUGUUUUUUCCCAAAAUUAAAGAAAAGGGUAAAAACGGCUCAUUGGUGACUAAGCACUUACGAAGCCAUCUGUGUCCAAGGAUAAUUAAUAAACAAUGACCAUCAGGUGAAUAAGGGCAGGGUGGGUGUGAUCAAUCAGCAUGUGUGAUAGUGUUACUGUAGUCACUUAUUUACUGUUAUAUAGACAGGAUAAUAGCAGCAUCAUGAGCUGUAUAUUAAUUAGUUACCUGGUGUGUGUGUACUCUGAAUUUCCAGUUAACUGUUACCAGCAUUUGGGUAUUCUCCCCAUGUAAAGAUUCAAUUACAGACUUUUUUUUAUAGCUCAUCACAUUAGGCAAAUCUCCGAGACAAAGAAACAUUAGGAUCACUUUUACUGUAUCAUAAAUGAUAGUCAGGUAACAAAAUACAUAAAAAAAGAAAAAAAAAAAUAAGUAGACUAACAAUACAGUCUUUAUUGUAGCAAUAUAUCAAAAGUACAUAUUUGGUUGACCACUAAAGUGUCAUUGCUGCUAUACAAGCAGUGUAUUAACAUUUAUCUUUUGAGUUAUUUUUGUUCCUGUCAUUUCUUCUUUGUUUUUGUUUUUUCAAGCUAAGAUGUUUCAAAAUUUUAUAUGGUUUUAGACCAGUACAAAUGUAUGAUUUUCUUAUGUGUGUGGCAACUUGGUACUUUUAUUUUUGAUGUAGAACGAAGUUAUUUUUUUCAUUUCUUGCCAAGAAAGAUAGUCAGCCUCUAAACUUAACAAAAUGUAAAUGGCAAGGUUUAACAAUACUCAUUUCUGUAAAGGUAAGAAGCCUGUCUGAAAUAUCUGAGCUCCAUUGGCAAUACAUGUCCAAGAUCUAUGAAAAGGAUAGGCGAAUGUUAAUUUUAGGGCCUUUAUGUAUUAAAAGAGAACAGAUAGAUAUAUUAGAAUUCAUUGUGAGCUAGCAAUUUUUUUGCAUAUGAAUGGCUUCUGACUUUUAUUCUCUCUUGUCACAGAUUUCUUUCUCUUCAUUUCUUUGUCUUAAAAAUCACGUCUUCCGGCUUUAUCCUUCUGUACUCCUCCAUCUUUCCCUCACUUCUUUCCAAUCUGUAGGCACUUGUUAGAAUUGUGAGAUGAGCAACUGCAAUUCCUUGGUUAUAAUUUUUGCUUGAUUGAUCUUCUCUUUACCUUCAUUGUUGUAAUUUUCUGUAUUUAUAGAUUUUUUCUUUAAAUUAAUUUGUUUUUAUUGUAUUAUGUAGGCUUUGAUGUAGUAGUAAUUAUAAUUAUAAUUUAGCUUUAUCCCAUUUGUUGCAAAGGUUAUUCUUGGUGUGACAGGCUGUCUGUUUAUGGAUGCUUCUAAAUUCCCCCGUGUGUGCAAGGAAUGGCUGGGGUUACCAUUGCUAGACUCGAAUGCUAUCACUGCACCAUGUAGUGUUAGUUUUCAAUUUCUGAAAAAAACACAGAGAAAGACAGACAAACAGACAGAGACAGAAAAAGACACGGAAAGAGGGAGUGAAAUAGUGUCACUGGAUAAGUUGCAGGUAUAAUGUGCUUGGUCAACACACAGGAAGAGAGUUUCAAUAGAGGUCAGAGAUACACAACAGCAACACUAGAUUAUAAAUGUAGGAGAUUAGUCUUCUGAGUUCACAGGUUUAUGCUUGAGAGUAGUUAAUGUUAUUAUGUGAGAAAGAGGUAGGAAAGCAAGCAGGAAAUAAGGCCAAAUGAGGGGCCUAUCCUGGUUUUGUAGUACAGCACCAUGUGGCCAGUCGGAGUCAGUGGCAGAAUUGAUGCUUACAAACCUUGGUACAGUAUAUGUUUAGUUAUGAAGUUAGAAAUGAGUAACAAAUACUUAAUUAAGGUAUGAUUACAGUGAACGUUAAUUUACUCUACAAUUAAUACAGUAAAUACCAGUAAUAAUGCUUAUAUAUUAAUUUUGUUAGCUAGAUCACUAUCAAAUCAUUGAUUAGAUAGUGAAUACACUAACUAGAUAGUAAUAACAUAAACUAAUGAUAAUGACUAAUAGCUGUUACAAUGACAGACAUGCACUCACAGAG